UACAACAUUGCCAUUUCCCUCUGGGACUAAUAAAGUAAUUUUAUUUAAAUAAUUUAAUUAAUUUAAUUUAAUUUAAUUUCUUUUCAUUUAAUUUAAUUUCAUUUCAUUUCAUUUACACUCUUUGUCAACAUAUAACACCCUGAGAAGCUCGUAAAUCCAUUCUGAUUGACACCCACUUCUCAUGUUACCAUAAAGUUCACACAACAGAGGCUUACAGGCAGUUAAUAUUGAAUGAAGCUAAACCUAGGUGUGGGGUGGGUAAAGGAUACAUAAUCUGAAGUUACUAGUUUGUCUUGAGCUGCUGUUGUAAAAUUUAAUCUACAAAUGGCAACUGUUGUCAAGGGUCCCAUUACCCUAGUAACUGGUGAUUGUUGACUGUAGUCUGGGUUGGCUUACUUUUGUUUUGACAGAGUAUGCCUAACUUUAGAGGACGAAACAGCAGGCACAGCAUGUGAUUUCACCUCUAAAGGCUGUCUGCAGAGAGUGAGGUCAUGUCAUCUGAGUCUGGGAUGGAGCCUUGCAGUGACAGCCAGGCAGAGGGAACCGGACAAGAGAGGCAACAAGGAGGAGACAAAAAAAAGGAGGGGACAAAGGUCUUCUUAGGAGAUAAACAGCCUGCAGAAAGCCAAAGGCAGGAGGAGCCAGGAACAGAACAGCCUUUAUCAGCUGACCGUAGUGACAUACAGGAAGUGACAUCAGAAAGUGGACUAGAACAGGUACAGAGGGAGGAGACACCAACUCGGGAGGAGGGAAUGAGAUUUUCCCACUUAUCUGUUGACCAGAAGAGACAACAUGGAGAGACAGCAUCAUGUGUAUGCAUAGCAGAGCGUGACCUUCAGAAGUUCAAAUCAAGGGGCUUUUUGACCUGCUCCUACCCUGUCAGGAAGAGGGAGAGGCAGGUAGAGGAGCCUCAGGGGUCUGGGCCUUUUUUCUUCUUUGGAGGAGCCAAUGGGGCUGAGAUAGUGAGUGAUUACUGUAAGAGCAGAGGAUGGAAGAGGAUUUACAACAAGCAUAGGGAGGAUUUCAAACUCAAGUGGUGUGAGACCAAAUCCAUAGCCAGCUACAAGAACUUCAGAGAAGGUGAACAGUUAAUAUAUCAGAUUCCUAACAACAAGGUCCUCACCACUAAGGUCGGCCUCCUCAGUAGUUUGCAGGAAUAUGAGCGAGUGAGCAGCAAAGUUAAACAUGGUCACGGACGCAGGAGACUGAAAAUGGAAGAGUUUCUUCCCACUACCUUUCGUAUGGAUGUGAGGGAAGACAGGGAAGCUUUCUUUACCCUGCAGAAUGGUUUGAGCAACAGUGAGAGUCGAAUGUGGAUCUGUAAACCUUCGGCUCUGAACCAGGGCAGAGGGAUCUUUCUUCUUACAAGUUUGGAGGACGUGGCCGCUUUCAGACGGAAGCUACAGAACAUGGACAGCCAGGCCAGCAGGAGGCCACAUCAGUGCCAGGCUCAAGCUCAUAUUGUCCAACAUUACAUCCAGAAUCCACUGCUUCUGAAUGGGAGAAAGUUUGAUGUGCGCGCUUACCUUCUCAUCGCUUGCACUGCACCUUACAUGGUGUUUUUUCGUCAUGGAUAUGUGCGGCUGACGUGUGACCUCUACAACCCCAGCUCUACAAACCUCUCCGCCCAUCUUACCAAUCAGCACGUGCAGAAAAAGAAUCCACUUUACAGCCAGCUGAAGGAGGACACUGUGUGGUCCAUGGGGAGCUUCAACAAUUACGUCAAUGACAGGUUUCAGGUUGCCAAAGGUCUGCCCAGGGACUGGGUGCUUGGAGCCUUUGCAAAGCAAAUGCAACAGGUCAUGAUCCAGUGUUUCUUUGCAGUCAAGUCCAAGUUGGACUGCCGUCUGGGAUUCUUUGACCUGAUUGGCUGCGACUUCAUGGUUGAUGAGAACUUCAAGGUGUGGCUCUUGGAGAUGAACUGCAAUCCAGCUCUCCACACAAACUGUGAGGUGCUGAAGGAGGUGAUACCCAGCACUGUUGUAGAGACAUUGGAUUUAACCCUGGAAAUCUUUCACAAGUGCCGUCUCAGGCAGAAAAUCCAUCCUUUGGCCAGUCAGAGAGAGUUUGUGCUGCUCUAUGAUGGUGUUUUAACUCCUGGCUUUGCACUGGCCACCAGCAAGAGGAAGACAAACAAUGAGUGUAACAGGAAAACCCAGAACAAGAGCCAAAAGCCUGAACCCAGACGAUGUAACUCUGGGACAGAGGGCAAGAGUUUGUCCUUGGUAUCCUCUGAUAAUUCUGUGAAUGCUUCAGCAACUAGUGAAGAAAUUAGGAGUUCAAAGUCUGGCCGCUCCACUCCCCCUGUCACUUCACCUCUCCAUCAAAACACUGUAUCUGGGUGUGCACCAUCAUAUUUACACAACAGUAAGAACAGCUCACUGAUUGUCAGGAGAAAGGACAGAAGAUCUAAAGCUGAAGUGAGCAAAUGUUCUUUAAAUCACCAUUUAAAGACAGUAGGUGGCAUGACUGACUCAAAGAUUCGGGAGAAGAUGAGAAUCAUGUCUCUGAGCUCAGUUUGCUCACCUGAGACAAAAUCCCCUUCUAGACCGCCUUCAUGUCCAGACACAUAGAGCUUAGAGUACAAUAAAAAUAUGGAACUUUGAUGCAUGGAAGUAGAUGUGAUUUAAAAGACUGUUGAAAAAUAGUUGAUACUACAAUAAAAAAUAUAUCUGUCUUUAACA